GAGUCACUCAGUUAUGCGCAAGACGUCGUGGGGUGCGGACGUACCGUUGUGUUUAGUGUUUCCAAAUUGUGUCUGAACUUAAAUUGACGUGGUUUUUUUGUGAUAAUGGAUGUUUAGGUGCGAGGAUUUCAACAUUUUAUAACGUCGCGAGUAGCAUGGCCUGAAAGCAUGUUCCGAACGGCGUCAGUCGAAGGCUCCGGCCCCAGGACGCCGCCGGCCUACGCGCCCCAUCCACCCUUCGUCCCACCCCGGUUCUUCCCGCCGCGAAUCCGACCCCCACCGCCCCAAUACUGCUUUGACGCUGCCCGUUUCGCCUGCGACGCGUCCAAACCGCGCUACCUGGACGUAGAAAGAGAGAGGCUAGUUACCCGAUGGCUGGCUGAGGCCAAUGAAGCCCUGGUGCGCCGAGAUAGGCCUCCAAGGUACAAACCACGCAGCAGCGAAAGGCGCCUAGAAUACCUGGACAGAAGACCGUCAGAAUGGGCGGAUAACUUUCUUCUGGGCCGACGCAAUGGAUCCGUCGAGCCCGAAGAGGAAAGUGAAUCUAUGACUUUGAAAGAAUUUGUGGAUAAGUUCUCUCUCCCGCGUGUGGUUAAGCUGGAAGGGGAGGAAAGGGCUGUGUUGUUGUAUCGUGUGUUGGAAGCUCAUAGGCGCGUGGAGGCUGUGCCACUGUCAGGGAAGAAGGGGAAGCUGGUGGGAAAGCCGCUGUAUAUUCCUGAUUCGUAUGAUGGUUGGUUCUCAACAUGCAGCUGUCGGGGCGGAGCGCUAGCCACUCCUCGGGCGUCCAUAUCUGCCUUGUUGCGGAAUCGAGCUUUCGCCCUCGUGUCUCCGCGAGCCAUAUCUGCAUACCGGGCGAGGCCGACCUCAGACAGCGGUCGUGUGGGAGCGCAGUAUGAGAGAGCGGCUGCAAGACCUGGGACUCCUCUUCGCCUGGCAGGGGUCUUCGCUGAUGGCAGUAAGGCGAAAGCACCGAAAUAUGCCCAACUGAUCGACCCUCAGGGGAAUGAACUGUUCGUGCCUCUAAACACCAAGGGUGAGCUCUACGAAGUGUGCCCCGAAGAGUUGUCACCUGCCGAAUGGGAGGACGCCACAGACUCAACCCCGCCAGUUGAAGUGUCAGCUAGAGCGCACAGACUGCCGCAUUUGCUUAGUCUAUGGCGACUUCCCACCAGAGUUAGGCUGCUGGCCGGCACAGUUCCUAUUGAGAUGGCGCAUGAUGUUGGAGAUGAUCUUCUGUUACGAGAAGCUGUCACUGAACCAGUUUUAGUCAUGUGCACUCUCCCCGAUUACAACUCGCAACCCAAUAUCAACAAGCAAGUCGACCCUAGGUAUCACGCCAAGGAGACCUUCCAGCUUCUCCCACUUAACAGCAGUAUUAAGGUCCGUCGCACCCAACUUGGCUUUGAAAGUGAGAAGAGAAUGUUCCUAUCCGCGCGCCUCCAAAAAGCUCUCACCUUCUGUCAACUCAAUGUUGACAACUGGAUAAGACAGAUCUCAUACGCAAACUCAACUGUCGUCAGCAAAGCGAAAACGGCUACAGAUCUCAUGAAAGAAGACCACGAACCGGUCAAGUUCGAAAAGGAAAGGAAAUUUACGCUACAAGGUCUAAAAAUUGAUACGUCACGGCUCUUCGGAAAAAGUGAAAAAGUACUGAAGGAUAUCCCAGACGAAACUGAAGGGUCAAUUAUUUUUCUUAGUAAGAACGAACUCGAACAUAUGAAUUACGACGUCUACAGUGACGACGAGGGUAAAGAUGAUAAGCACGAUGAUAAAAUAGAACAUGAAGAGUUUUCACAUGAAAAAUCAAAUGGUUACAGAGAAGAUUCUGCUCAUAAGAAAAGUAAAUGGUUUAAAAAUUUAAAAUUAUUAAAGAGCACGGAUAAACUAGAUGAAAAGUUAACUGCAAUAGAGAAUUCUGAAAGACAUAAGGACAUCAAAGAUCCUUUCGAUCCUUUAGGUGAAAAACAUAGUUCAAUUGAGAGAUACCAAGACAUGGCCAAACUAAUCGAAGAUAGAUUUGGUGUGUUUAGAAAAAAUGAUGGUACAGCAGAGAAGAGCCAUUCGUAUAAAAGUUUGACUACUUCUUCGUCUGAAAUGGGAACUAGCCAAUGUAGUUCGAGUCACAAGAAACCAGUACUAACUAAAUCAGUCUCCGUGCAAACUGGUAUGCCCGACAGCCCGUGCACAGAAGAAGACAGCGGCAUCGACAUGAAACAUGGCCGAAAAAAUUUAAGCGUAGAUCAAAUUAACUAUUGUGGCUCCAUGGAAAGUAGCUCUAGUUCGGGCAGAAAACUGAAAUCGUUAGAUGAGAACAUGCUCAAGAAGUCGUCAGCGACAAAGUCAUCUACACAUUUGGAGAGGCGACAGAGGAUACAGCCGGAUUUGAUUCCCGAAAAGGCUAUUGCUAAAUCGGAGUCAUACAAUCAAAUCCAGAGCUGUGAGGAAAUAAAUAUGUUUAGUGCUGGGUCGGUAUACAAUGAUAGCGAGUUCGAGGUGAAUUCCAAACAACAUUCUUUUAUUACCGAAAAGUUGUGUUCAGAAUUUCAUGUUAAAACCAAACGAGUUCUGAGUAAAUCCACUUCAAACUUACUUCAUCCUAAAAAACCGAAUGACAAGAAAGAAGGUGGUAACAGCAAUAGUAUGCCAACCAAAACCGAACGAACCGACGAAAAAUCAGUAAACUUUAGAAAAAAGAUUGACAAGCCUCGUGCCCCAACACCGCGUUCGGAAAUAGAUGAAGACCUAUCCGCAGUCGACAUUUCAGAAGAGGAACCCCAGAUCCAAAAGAAAGUGCGGCGUUCGAUAUCUUCAAUCCAAAAGAGAAAACUACCUGUGAUAGAAGAUUUACCGUACGGACAAGUAGCAGACGCGGUCGAAAUAGAAGAAGAAAUUAUAGAAACAGAUUCCAACUCGGACAACAUUUAUGCGGAAAUCUGCUCUCCACCAAUCAAAACAAAUGACGACGACUACGACUCGAAUGAUGUCUUAGCAAAUGACCCUGUUAUCUGUAUCGUUAAAAAGGAAGUCAUCACUCGCAACGAUGAAAGAGCGAGACAGAUGAUCGAAAACCAAGAUAAUGCUUUCCGUCACAUUGAAGUAGUAGUAAUAGAGAAGACAACGAACUUCGACUUGGACGAUUCCAGCCUCGCGUCUAGCGAUUUUGACGAGACGGGAAGCAAGAACGACGUCUCGAUAAUAGAUUCUUGGGAGCGUGAUAACGUAAAAGUUGAACCAAAACAUGCUAUUAGGUUAGAAAUCACCAGCAAUAUGGAUGACUAUCCGGAGAGCCAUAAUCAAAGCUUAGAUAGGACAGAGAUACAUUUAGGUAAAGAUAAUGUGAUUAGUUUUAGUAACAGUAUCCAUUUAAAUGGUACAUAUCCCAACGAGGCCAUUUAUGAUACUUUAAAAUAAGUCACAAUAAGUCAUAGAUUUAAUAGUGUCGUCUUCAAUUCGCAUAAACUCUGCGCUUACUUUUUUUGUACUACCAGUAAUCCGAUUUGACAGAACAGUCUUGAGAACAAAACUUAGAAGUUAAAUUUUAAUUAUCUUUAAAGACAAAACCAGUUGGCAUUAAAAAAUGUCGAAUUCCAUAUAUAAUAUAGAGGCAGUUUGUCUUAAUUGGGUGAAUUUAUUUUGGGGCCCUGUCACAUUGCCUGUGCCAUUAAUAUUUUUCCGCUGAUCAAUUACAAUAAACACAAUACAAUUAUUGAUCUUCCCAGUCAUAGGUUUUGAUAAUAACGAGAUCAUUAUGUCUGCUUGCUCUUAUUUCGUUCAUAAUAUAAAAUAUCAGUAACGUAAGCUAAAACAUGGCACCCUGGAAUAACAACACGUAAUUGCUCUGGUUGGUAAACGGACUUAACUGAGAGUACAUUAAAUUGACAUUUGUAUCUGUAAAUAUAAUCUGUAGACAUUACUAAACACUGGGCUAUCGACAAAGUUUUAAGCACAGACUAGUAGAAUAAGUUGUACACAAUAUGAUAAUUGCAAAUUUUUCAUUUAGUCAAUUGUGUUUGCUGAAAGCUUGACAAAAUCAAAGGAUAAAAAGGUUUAGUUCAGAACGUCCACCUCUGUAGCUGGAGGCUUGGAGUUAAACCUCUAAAGAACAAAGUAUUAAAAACAUCGUGAAUAAUGCGCAAUUUUAAUCUAUAUUUUUUAAAAUUAAAAAAAAUUGUAAAUGUUUUUGGGUAAAUCUAUGUACAAUAUAAUAUAUAGACUAGAUUAGAUUAGACUUUUCAAUAGAGUAUCCAUAAAAAAGUCUCUAUACACUAUCAAAGACUACAAAGAACAUAGAUAAAAAAUAAUUUUGACGCAACCGUAUGUAGAUUUAAAAGUUUUUAAUGUCAGAGUCGCUCGUUAUCAAACCAAAGACAACGAAAAAUUUGCAAUUACUCAUUUGACGGUUGUUUAUCCAGUGUCAUAGAUAAUUUUAAAUUCGAAUCGAAGUGUCAAACACGAUUCAAUCUUUCAAAUGCACCAUUUAAGUAUUAUUGGACAUGACAAUAUAUUUUUUAUCUAGUCUACAAUAUAUAAUAUAUUAGUUUAAUAUUUUAUCCAUAUCUUAUUAAAUAUAUAUAAUAUGUAUUUGUUGUAUACGUCUGCAGGACAGGCAAUAUAUGUCUGCACGAUAAUUAUAAGUGAACUGUAGGUGCUAUUGCUGGUGCUGAAAUAUAUAUACUAAGAAUUUAUACACAAUUAAUUUCUCAGUGAAGGAUGGCAAUUAUGUACAUAAUUUAUCUAUACUAAUAUUAUAAAUGUAAAGAGUUUGGUGACCUAAUUUCUGGAACUAUUUGAAUGGAGUCGUUUUUUGGUAAUGGCAAUAGUGGACAGUCUGUUUACCCAGGUCACUUGACAUCAAGCUCCAAGUCUAUACGACCGAAGAGCUGGUGAAAUUGCGGAGCAUAUUUUUAGUAUUUUUAUAUCAACAAACAAAUUUUGCCUUCCUUCCUUUUGUAGCGAUUAAUAAUUAUAUAUGUUACUCUAUUCACACGUUUAAGCAAAAUUUUACAUGAAUAGAACGCGUUGAAUCACACACAUUUAACAGUAAUUACAAAAGGCGUUAAAACACGCGGAUCGUCGAGUUUUAUUAUAGCGAAAUUCUGAAAUGAAACGCGUUUUAAUCUCAUAAAACUUAUUUUUAAUAAGUAAAUUCUACGUUAAGACGAAAUUGCACUUAUGUAUGUAGGUAUCACAUGACACUAAUGUAAAUUUGUAUUAUAUAGUUCAUCUAUUAUGUUAAGCGCGAAGCUCUCAAAAUUACUUUUAGUGAAAAUAAACUCAAAACCUACCA